AGAGGCGACGUCAACCACCUCCGCCACCAUGUCUGCCCUUCAACUGCUGUUCGUGUUCGCAGUCGCAUUCACCGCUGACGCCGCAUCACUGGAAUCCUAUGGCGUCUCGUGUCCGAAGGACGACCCGCAACUCGACACGUGUUUUGCGAACGCAGUGGAGAAAAUGCGGCAGCAUCUCAUUGAAGGGAUUCCUGACCUGGGGGUGCCAGCAAUUGACCCAUUGAAACUGGCUGAGGUAAAAGUCGAUCCACUUUUCGGCGAUUGGAUUAAAAUACUACUAAAAAACAUCAAGGCUGACGGCGCUGGGAAGUUCAGAACCGCCAAUUUGAAGGUCAAUUUAAAGGACAACGAAUUUCGUGGAGAAGUACAUAUUCCUUUUUUAGCGUUUGAGGGAGAUUACAACGUGGACGCCACCGUCUUGAAUCUCUCCUUGAAAGGAAACGGAUCUGUAAAAGGAAAUACAAAUUCUAUAUAG